ACUCGGCCCUCCUAACGUAAGAGGACAGGUAUUCCCCUAGAUUGACAGCUCGUCAUUCGAUCCCACUGAGGAUCAACAGGCGGACGGAGACAGUUAGUGCUGUUAGUGGACACAUGAACUCCACAGAGACAAGAGGUCGAGGGGUGGCCUUGGUUGGAUUUCCUCAAGGGUGAGACCUUUAAUGUGGAGUUUCUGAAAGCCUCAGCCAGUCAAAAUUAGUGGCAUCAGUGUUGUAUAGUGAAAUAUACUGUGUAUACAUGUAUAUACAGUAUACAUGGAUUAAAAACAGAAGCACUGGAUUAGAUUAGAUUAGAAAAAGACUUGAAAGAUAUAGUUUUAAAUGAUGAAAUAUCAGCAUGAAACAAUGCACCUGUACAAUAUCUUCUUCCCUGAGAAGGACACACCUCUUCCAUCCAAAGUACUUCUUCCAUGAUCUAAAGGUCCUCUGAGGUCCGGACCACUUUGGAUCUCAUUUACACACAAAGCGGAUCAUGUCCAGAGUGGAAGCUUUUCGGGACACAAACCUUCGCUCCCUGCUGAGGGAGCUGCGGACCGAUAUUGCAAUGGCUGUAAAUGACCCUUUCCCUCUCGUUUACGGUUUGGUGGACAAAAACAUCAUCACUGACCAACUACUGAAGGACACUCUGGAGAAGGAAGGCAGAGAAGGGAUCCAUAAGGCCAUGUACUCCCUCCUGUCCUGGGUCCUGGAGCAGAGCAGAUCCACCAUCCAGGCUUUCUGGAGCAACUUGUCCAAAGACUACAACCUGGACAGCUACCCCAAACUGCAGAAGCUGCUCACUAACCUGCACUCAAGACGGGAUGCUGCAGGCUCCAGAGGUGAGAAAAGAUCCUCUGGAGGCCACAAAACACCUCACAUCAAGAAGAGGAGCCAUGUGGACAGAGAGACAAAUUCACAUGAUCUGCAUCCACAGUAUCAUGCCAAGACGAGCGAUAGUCCAGGGGGUAAAGUGAAGCUGUACAGAGUGAAGGGUGAAGCUGAAGCCCCACAGCUAACAUCUGGAAAUAGUGUUCAGACGGUGUCGUCUUCAGUCCAGAGACCAGUGACUCUGUCUGCGUCCUUAACUGAGCCGCCAGUCAGCCAUGAAGCCACAGAGACGAUCCAAAUCAAACAGAUGUUUGGCUCAGAUGGAAGUGCCACAACGUGCACCAAAGUUGGUGGGGAGUUUUACUCCUGUGGUCAGUCAGAGGAGAUAAAUGGAGCAUCCAAGUUCAAAGGUGUUAAGAACACGUUUCACCACAAGGGGGAGACAACCACAGGCAUGGUUCAAUAUAACGAUGAUGAGUGUACAGUGUGUAAGGACGGAGGGCAGCUGAUUUGUUGUGAUGGCUGUCCUCGAGCUUUUCAUCUGACCUGCCUGGACCCUCCACUCAUAGCUAUACCAAGUGGCACUUGGCAGUGUGAAUGGUGCUGUGGCAGCAGAGUGAAAACAGAGAAUGCCCUACAACCUUUACAACCACUCAUUGCCCAGGCGCAGCAAAUAAACACGACCUCCAGUAACUCCAUCGUAGACGUCUCCUUCUUCUCCUCGCUGUCAUCCUCGUCUCUCACAAGUGUCACAGCUUCUAUGAACGAGCUCAGUGGCAGAAACCAGUGCUCAGGUGGAGAGCUGCUCAGUAUGAGGGAGGUGUGUGGUGUUUGUCACCUAGAAGGAGGAGACCUGACUCACUGCCUCCAGUGUUUGCAGCACUUCCACGUACACUGCCACUUCUCCAAAGGGAGAUCCAUCUGCUCGUCCUGCUCCAGGCCCUGGGGAGGCUUUGCAGAGAAGGAGGCUGAAUCGUCCAGAGGCUUACAGCUCGCCCCAAGGGUUCAAAACACUGUCGGUCAUGAUCAGAGCUCUUCCGCCCCUGAGACCGUCCUCCAUAAAGAUGAUCUGGACUCCAUCCUGGGAGACGGCUCUGUUGACGGCAUCUUGCAGUGGGCUUUCCACAACAUGUCUCGGCCUCUUCCAGACUCUCAAGGAUGCUACCAGUGACAGACAGACGACUGCACUCGUGUGAGCUCUCACACUUUGAAGUUAUACUGUAAAGUAACAAUCAUGACGUGAACAUAGCUAAUUAAAUGUAAAUUACUGAAUAUAGUGGAGAUUAUUUUCUUGUUUCCUGCAUGUACCUGAAGUAAAUGUCUGGUAGUGGUUGAUUUGAGAUUGAACAUGGUAUAAUUUUAAUAUUUUAACAUUUCUUUAUAUUUUAAUUGCAUCUUUUCAAACUACAGAUUUUAAAGAAUGUGCUCAGAUGAUUGUGAGUUCAUGUAAAAACAAAGAUGUUAACUGAACUCAUUAUUCACCGACUAAAAUGCACAAUUGUUGUGUUUUUUAAUAAUAUACAAAUUCAUGCACAGAUGAGUAAAAUGUCUCUACUACUUCCAGUUUCUCUGCUGAAUUUCUAGCAGCAACACACCACACUAGGUGCAGGAAGAGUGCACUUAGCCUAAAUCAUUAAGGAGUGUCUAUUUUACCAUAAUGCAUGGCUAAAUUAACCUUUUACAGGUGUACAGCCUACUGUACAUGGGUCACACGUACCUAAGACUUGCAGUUUGUAUAUGUUGUCUUUGUUUUUCCUUGUUUGAGAGGUGAUCUAAAACACUUGUGGGUUGUAAACAAUAAAGAUUUGACAGGCUUGUGCAGUCGCUCUAUGGAGUUCCCAGUGUUAGCCGCCAUGUUGGUACAGUGUUUCCUGCAGGCUCUGCACCAGCCAUGUGACAUUCACAGCUACACAUCAACAUGUAGACACGAUAGUUGGACAGUUGGUAUCACCUGUUGGUCUACUUAAUCUCUCCUGAUCUCUCUCUCUCUCUCUCAGUAUUGUUUUUAAUUUAAACAUUUGUUAUAUUAGCAUGAGUGUUGCUGAGACCGGUUGUAGGCUGCACGGUUUACAAAGUAAGAAAAGACAACUAACAGUUUGCUUUAGCAUAACAGCUCUACUGUAAUUAAGAGAGAUAAAAGGUAAUAAAUCAGUGAAAAAUUAUGAAAGAAAAUACACAUAUUAAUAAAAU